CUGUCAAAAUGACUGACAAAUGACAAUAAGAUAUAUAACCUUCAAAAAGUCAAUAAUUAUUUCGACGAAAUAUUCUCUUUAGUGCAUUGUCAUGCUGUAGUUGUGGUUUGGAACGAUGCCAGAAAGUCAAAUUGAGUUUGCCGUGCAGAUGACAUGUAACUCCUGCGUGGAGGCAGUGCAAAAAUCUUUGGCUGGUGAUCCCAAUAUCAAGAAUGUCAAUGUAGACCUAGAAAAGGGGUCAGUCGUGGUCACAUCUACACUUCCGACUCUCCAAAUACAGGAAAAACUUGAAUCGACCGGUCGCAAGGUCGUUGUAAGAGGAUAUGCAGGUAGUUCGGCAGGUGUUGCUAUUCUAGAUACGGGAAAAGGGAACAUCCAAGGGGUCGUUAGGUUUGUUCAAGUAGCACCCAGUUCGUGCAUCAUUGAUGGUACCCUUGAUGGGCUGGAACCCAAUACUGAGUAUAAACUCACCGUGAACGAAUGCGGGGAUAUAUCACAAGGAUGUAAAAGUGUUGGCGGUGUAUACCAGCCACUUCAAGACGGUGAAGGACGCCCUUAUGGGGACUUGGGAGUCUUCAAAACAGGGAAUCACGGUCGAGCCACUUUCAAGAAAGAAGAUAAUGUUCUUAACUUACCUGAAGUCAUAGGACGUUCACUUGUUGUCAAUUUCGGAGAGAAAAGACUAGUUUGUGGGAUCAUUGCAAGGUCUUCUGGCCUUUUCCAAAAUCCCAAAAUGAUAUGUGCAUGUGAUGGAGUAACUAUUUGGGAUGAGAAAAUUGCACCCAAAGCUGUUUUGUAGUUAUAAUUAGGUGUAAUUGUUAAAAAAAAAUAUAUUUUCACUUGUUCA